AUGCAGGAAACACACAAGCCAAUAUUCACGUUCAUCCCCAAAGUGCAAAUUCACCCUUCAGCACUUGCCAAUAUAGCUUAUUAUAUGGUUCAAUACAGCGAUCUCCAUCAGCCCAAGCUUGGAAUUUUGAUGGGACAUGAAAUAAAUGAUGUCUUUAAGAUAGAUAUCUCAUUUGAAGCAAUUUAUUCAAAUAAUCCUGAAGGAAAAGAAAUCGAUUAUAAGAAGACAGAGGAAAAAAUAAGCGGUAUUUCAAGAGCGAUUCCUGAUUGCGACAUUGUAGGAUUAUAUCUAGAUCACGUACCAUCACAAAAUGAAAUGGAAGUUUUUUAUAAAUUAAAUAUUACAAUCAAUUAUGCCCUUUUUCUUGUUUGGAAAAGCUGCGUGACUGAUGAUUUCGAAGCCGAAAAUAAUCCGAUUGAUAUUUAUGGCGAAUUCACAAGAAAUUACUUGGCUGAGCUCAUAAAAGUUCCCUAUGAAAUUUAUGGAAGUCUUUCAAAAAGUCUCAAUACUCCUCUGAAAAGAGAAAAUCAAUCUGAAGAAGUCUUACCGAAUAUUUACGUAGAUGCUAUUAACGACUUAGGUGCCAAGCUAUCAAGCAUUCUAAAUGAAACAGAUCAUAAUUUUAUAUUUCAGGCUGAACACAAUUUAAACUUGAAAUUGAAUGAGCCCGAUUUAACAGUUUCCGUAAUUUCUCAAGAUGAAUUAAUAGAGAGCACAAGCAAAAAUAUUCCCAACUUGACUUUGAGUGCUGACACUGAUUUAAUUAAAAUAAAAACACUAAAAAACUUACAAAAUUUAGAUAACUUGAAAUUAUCUAUAAAGGAGCUGGAUCUCUCUGAAUCUGAGUUUUAUACCACUAAUUCAAAGAUUAUAAAUAAUUGCUUGAAGAAAACAGUCAAUGUGAUUAUUGAAAAAGAAACUAGCCUAAAUCCCACUCAAACCAUAAAUAAGCAAAUGAGCAUUGAAAUCUUCUAG